UCACUGAGUUGUGUAGUUGCCCCUGUUCUCUCCUCCUUUCAAUGUAAGAUGGUGGUUUGUGGUGUAAGUAGGUAGCAGCACCUUUAUAAGCUGAUAGAAAAGGCCGGUGCCUUCCUUAAGACAACAGCCCCACAUACAGCAGCGUUCUGUACCGGAGCUUCUGUCCCACACAGGCAGACCUCUCCCUCUACAUCCUGGAGAGGAACCUCCAGUAACACAUAGGCAGGUGUCUGCAGCUCCUCCUGUCCCUGUCUGGUGAAAGCUGUCCAGUCCAGUAGUGUGGAACCGUAGGAUGUCCCGGAACCCUGAGGUGAAGGACGACCAGAUGGAGUGCCCACUGUGUAUGGAACCACUGGAGAUCGAUGACGUCAACUUCUUCCCCUGCACCUGUGGAUACCAGAUCUGCCGCUUCUGCUGGCAUCGAAUCAGGACAGAUGAGAACGGUCUCUGUCCCGCUUGCAGAAAGCCGUACCCAGAGGACCCAGCAGUGUACAAGCCGCUGUCACAGGAGGAGCUGCAGAGGAUAAAGAACGAGAAGAAACAGAAGCAGAACGAGAAGAAGCAGAAGAUCACAGAGAACAGAAAACAUCUGGCCAGCGUCCGUGUGGUCCAGAGAAACCUGGUGUUUGUAGUGGGGCUGUCUCAGAGGUUGGCUGACCCUGAGGUUCUAAAGAGGCCAGAAUAUUUCGGGAAGUUUGGGAAGAUUCACAAAGUGGUGAUCAACAACAGUACAUCAUACGCUGGUUCACAGGGGCCAAGUGCCAGUGCCUAUGUCACAUACCUCCGGUCUGAAGAUGCUCUCAGAGCAAUCCAGUGUGUCAACAAUGUAGUGGUGGACGGCAGAACUCUGAAGGCAUCCUUAGGAACAACAAAAUACUGCAGUUACUUUUUAAAGAGCAUGCAGUGCCCCAAACCAGACUGCAUGUAUCUACAUGAGCUGGGGGACGAAGCUGCCAGUUUUACUAAAGAGGAGAUGCAGGCAGGAAAGCAUCAGGAGUAUGAGCAGAAGCUGCUACAAGACCUCUACAAAAUAAACCCGACCUUCCUGCAGACCUCAGCUGUGUCAGGGGACAAGCCAAAGGGCAAAACUAAUUCUCUACAGAGGUGUAACAGUUCCAGUAAAGAUGGCUGGCUGUCAUUACAGCCGUCAGGGAGGACGACCAACGGUCUGUCAUCAGACCACGGGAAGAGUCCGCCAUUAGAUGGCUCUGACUCUGAACACUUGACCCCUGAGGGGCCUGAACCUGACCUCAGCCUUGGCCCAGUACCGGCCCUCUCCCCUUUCUCCUCAAACUGUGAUCUUGCUAGCCCCAGCAACAAACUGCCAGACAUUAUCGGUUUAAGCAAUGGUGAAACCUCACAACUGCUCCCAGGCAGUGACUCUCCAUCGCCCCCUCCUGGCCUCAGUAAGCCCAGCCUGGUAGUUCCCAUCAGUGUCACAGGCCACACAGUUCACUCCCCGUUUGAGGCGGCUGCUGCAGAGUCCCAGUCACUGUUUUCAGACAACAGUAACUUCAGGCAUCCAAACCCACUCCCCAGUGGACUGAGCGGCUUCCCCAGCUCCCCACACAGCAACGCUGACUGGCCAACUGCACCAGAGCCACAGAGCCUCUUCACCUCAGAUACCAUCCCGGUGUCCUCGUCCACGGACUGGCAGGCAGCAUUUGGCUUCGGCUCGUCCAAACAGCAGCAAGAGGACGACCUGGGCUUCGACCCCUUUGACGUCACUCGCAGGGCUCUGGCUGACCUCAUAGAGAAUGAGCUCUCUGUAGAAGAUGGAGUCAGCUUAUCACUUUCACCUGGCUCCUUCCCCCACAGAACUCACGGGCCCCUGCUAAACAAAGGCCUUGGGCCCCCAGGAGGGUUUCGACUCCUCAACCACCUCCCACCCUCUCACCACUUUUCUCAGCAUCAGCACCCUCACAGGGGAGGCUACAGUUCCUUCAGCUUCCCCACUCACGCUUCAUCAGCAUUAUCUUCAUCCUCCUGCUCCUCCACCUCCUCCUCCUCUUCCUCAGCAUCUUGUGGGUCCUGGAUGGGUUCUACCUCCUCACACAGUAACUUUAUGCAUAUGAACCACUCAGUCAGUCCAACAGCCUCCACCUCACACAGCAGCUUCUUGGACUUGCCAGCGCUGCCAAGACAUCACAAUACUGGACUUGGAGGAAUCCCUAUCACAGAAAACAGCGGUUGUGUAGAGAGCAUAAAUGUAAAGGAGUGGCAGGACGGCCUCCGAGCGCUAUUACCCAACAUCAACAUCAACUUUGGAGGACUUCCCAACUCCUUGUCUUCCUCAUCAUCAUCCUCCUCCUCAUCCAGUGUCAACCACAAUCACACAGGACCAACGGGGGUAUCUAGGAGUGUUUCUCACGGCCUCUGCUGGGACAGCACAGCCAGCUGGAGGGACCCAGCCAUUAUCAGAGGGAUCCCAGCCCCCAGUGGCAACAGUCUGGACACUCUUCAAGACGACAAUCCUCCACACUGGCUCAAGUCCUUGCAGACUCUCACAGAAAUGGAUGCCCCGUCCAGCUCAGCCUCACAAAACGGCCCCUUUGGGAGCCAGCCGACCCCCCACAGAGCUGGCUGGGCACACUACCCGGCCCCCACCAACCAGUUCCACUCCCCACCGCCAGGCUUCCAGACAGUCUUCAGACCCCCAACACAGACCCAGACAGACCUGCUACAGAGCGCUGCUGUGAACCGCCACUAGGGACUGUCAAAACACACACACACACACACACACACACACACACACACACACACACACACACACACACACACACACAUCAGCACUUCACAUCGAAUCAGCAGAUACAAAGUACAAAACUAUUAACAACUAAUAAGAUAAUAUAAUAUUUUAAUUUCUUCUGAGCUCUUGUGUUUCUUGUCUUGGUUUCUGAUGGUUGUUAUGAGUUUGGUCUAGGUGAGCUACCCCAGCCACACCUUCGUCUAAACUCAUUGUGUUCAAAGAGCGUGUUUAAGAGAUGCUUUGGAAUAAAGACAGCGGACCAAUGUGAUGUCUUAAAACGCCAUUUAACAAGUCUCUUCUCUAAAGUCAAUUUUUCAUGACAGAAGCUGUUUCCAAGAACCCUUGAAGGAAAUCAUUUAGAGGCAACAAGCUGCAUCUGAGAAUCAGACCCUUGAUUGUUUGAUCUGGAAGAAAAGGGAUUCUUACACGCGUAAUUACCAAAGCUGCACUUUUGGCACUUUGAAUACCCUGAGAGCAGCUGUUCCAAUUGACCUGGAAGUGAAGGGUCAUCCUGGUAGACCCGGUCUUCUACUUCUAAAACUGGAACAGUGGCGUUUUUCCUCCAUCCAUCACCAGAUGGCAACAAAGAGCAGUAUUUGGUGUCUGCAUUAUCUUAAAAAUCUAAAUGUAUUGACACUAAAUGACUAAAAUAAUAUUUAAUUUGUUGGCAAACCUAUCAUAGUUGUUGCAGUCUGCAUUGCUGCAACAUCUUAUAUUUCUGGGGAGGUGCUCGUCAGGCCAUACACGCAGGUUGAACAAUGCAGAAGUAUAAAACUGGUUUUAGUAGCAUAAAAGAGAAACUGAUUGUACACAUCAAACUGUGUUUACAGGAGUUGGGGAUCUGAUCUGAUAAAUGUCCUCAAGUGAUGUCACUUGAAUCAGCAUCAGUUGGAUCUGAUGACUAUAAGUUUGAAAAUGAAAGCAGUCUGGGGGUGUGGUGUGUUUAUCUUACCAGACCUCUGUAGCUGCUCAUCAUCUCUGCUCUACGUUAGUCGCUGCUAGCAUAACACACCUGAACAUCUCAUGGCAUUUUCCACCAACAGGAAACUAGCUCAGUUCAGGUUCCCACACCUAGGUUUGAACCAUUUGCAUUUAGCAUUUCUUCCAAAAAUAAAUUGGUUCAGAACCUAAAAAGUUGGUUCCCAACUGGAACCAAAAAAUAGCAGGUUUUCCUUGGGAACCAAAGUGGGAAUAUCAUAUUCUACAGGUUGUUGUGCAUUAUGCAGUGCCCUAUGUAGAUGAUGCAUACAAUUAGAAUGGUUCCACUUAAAAUUGGUAGAAAUGCAAGCAGGUUAACUAGAUAGCACCAAAGUUCAGUGGUCAGGAUAUCUUUGCGAUGCUAAAUCAACAAGGUCCUCAUCAAAUUAAUUAUGUUGACAAACUGGAAAAAUUGCCUUAUUUUUAAUGGGAAGAUGCAAUUCUUGUAUUCCCAAGGAAGCAGUUUCCACUAUAGGGCGCAAUAUAUAUGGAUGCACACACAGUUCUGUUUAUGCCACGUCUGUAUACAGGGAUGUUUUCACAUGUGUCAGCAUAUAUGGUUCACACACAUUUUAGGCAGCACACAAACUUGCAGACAAGAACAAAAAAUAAAAUUUGUGUUAAGGGAUGCAGUGCUCUUUACAGAGCAGUACAGUAAAUGGGUUUGGAUCUGUUCCAUAGACUGAAAGGCUUGUAAGUCAAAAGCAGAAAGUGUGUAUCUGUGGACCCCUUAAUGCUGCUGAGUGAACACUGACUCUGUGUCCCCAGGAGACCAAACCUCUGUAUCAGAGGGCUGAAGGUAGACAGACAGUGGCAGGAUGUGGGCUGUCGCCCAUUGUCCCAGAUUUCUAUGACCGCUUGAAGCCUCAACUACACGAGUGAUUUCGUCAGGGUAGUCACUGUUCUGUGGUCAUUUGUUGUUCUCCUGUCAGCUUUAGAUAUUUAAACUAGAAGGAGUUUUUAACUGGUUGUGAAACAGUCUCAGUUUAAUACCGAUGCCUCUAUGUGACCUACGUAUACAAACAGUUUCUAUAUAGUUAUUCUUAAUGCAUACCAUUGGGAGAGAUUUUGUCAGAUUCACCUUGAAAUUGGUUUCCCCCUUUUCACCAAUGUAAAUGCACAUGUCCCCAAUGUUAGCAAUUGUUACCAAGGUUAGCUGGCUAGCUAGCUAGCUGUUGGUCAGCUAACAUCCAAGCAAGCAUAGCUACUAAGUUCUCACAUCAAUGUUGCAAAGAUGGAAUGUAACAUUGUUACGAAUGCACCAUUGAUGUUAGGCUAGCUAGCUGUUGGACAGCGAACAUUACCCAAGCAAACACGGCUACUCAUUUCUGACAUCAAUGUUUCCUUCAAAACAUCAAUGAUGCGUUUGCAAAAAUAAUGUUACGUUCAACUUUCAUAAAAUUAAUGUGAGAAAUUAGCAGCUAUUUUUGGGUAAGGUUAGCCGACCAACAGUAAACUCAAAUCUUACAAUAAAUAAUAAUGGAAACAUAUACAGAUGUACAGUGAUGUAAUGAAAUGGCUUUCUAGCACUUUUGAGAUGAGAAAUUAGUUGUGAAAAGCUAAUAAGUACAUAGCUGGCUGGCAACAAGAAGGCACACCCAGCCCCAGACACAAGUGGUUCUUGGUUACAAGGCAAUAGGAAGACCGCUUUUAUCUACAGGGGCCACCAGAAUCAACACAAAAUGAAAGUUCCUUGCAGGGGCUUUAAAUAAAAGUGAAUAAAGUAUUUGUGUAAGAAAGAGUGAUCUUAAUUGCACUGGGCUGCAGCGGGGAGCUCUCUUAAAGUUAAUCUCACAGGACUAGUGUCUUUUUUUUUUUUUUUUUUUCAUUUCAGAAGAUUUGAUGAUUGUUGAGGUUGUGCUGGGAUAGUAGAGUUUCAGACCAACUCAAACCAUCAGAAACAUUAGGUGUACACCACCUUUAUCAUCCAUCUUUUUUCAUAAGGUCCUGACAGCUUUCAUAAUUCAGCAGUAUUCUUGAGGAUUAAGACACUGACUAACAUGUUCACAAUGUUCAAACAUGUCGAAAAUGAAGAGCUGAGGGGGAUCACACCUCUGUAGGUCUGGAUCAUAAAUCAAACUAAAUAUUAAAUAAAAGAGAAAAUAUAAA